AUGUCAGAAAAUUCGCAAUAUAGCGUUUACUCGAAGAUCGGGGCGAACAAGGACGAGGUAUUCUCCAGGCUCCCAUUUUUCCAUCAUCUGGCACCGAGCGCAACUCCAACUUCAAACGGUGAAGAGCUCUUUCAGUCGACCUAUGACAAGUUCGCCUUUGACUCCAACAAGGCGCUUGACUCUUGCAGCAUCCUUCUUGCCAAAACUUCGAAAAGAAAGAACAUCGUUAUGGAAGAUUAUAUGGCUAGAAUGCGAAAAGUCUAUUAUGAAAACAUUAAUCGCGAGGUCGACUGGUUCGGGCAGUCAGCAACUGGAAACUUCCUUGGCUAUCCAAAAACAGACCGCGCCUUUAAUGCUUAUGUCGGACCUAAACUUGCGUGUAUCGCUCAAUUCUUCACUGGAAUGAGCUUCAUGUCUGCUAUUCGACGCCACUCGUACACUUUCGAAGAGGUCUAUCGUACCCUGCUCAUGGGUGGAUUGAUGGGAACUUUGGGCUUUUAUAUGUGUAUGCAGCAUGGUUUCAUUGCUUAUUUCUGGCACGGAGAGAAAUAUUUAGACAACAAGAAUUCAUUGAAAAACGAAUGCGCGAUGUGCUGGUCCGGCCGAGCACUUGCCGCGAUCGCGCUCUCAAGCUUCAUCGUGCCUCCAACAAUCAUGGUCGUCCUCGCAGAAACAAACGAGAAGCACCGCGGAAAACUCAUUGGCCUCAAUGAAAUUUGGACUCGCAAGUACUGGAUCUUCUGGACAGAUGUCUUCCGUCAGAUUUUGAAUGAGAUGGAAUCUCCGCAAAACAUUAUAUUGAACGGGCAGCACAGUUUUUCGGAUAAAAAUGCAGAUCUCAAUGAAGGAUUCAAACUUACGUUUCUCGUGAAGCUGGUAUUUGUUUUCGGAGUUUAUGAGAUUCAUGAUUAUCUUCAUUACUUGCAUCCGAUAUUGCUGAUUCUGCUUAUUUCCGCCGUUCAUGUACUAGCUUGUUUAGCAAUUCAAAGACCUAAAUAUGCAGACUUGUUUAAAAACCGCAAAAUAUUCCUAUCAAUUGCUGCAUUAAAUUCCUGUCAAUCGUUGUGUUGGAUCUACGCACGACGUUACUCCGGUUCGCUCCGAAGCAUCGUCCUUUUCGGUUUCAAUGAUGGAAUUCGGAUUCUCGCAAGUUUCUGCAAGAACCCUUCGCUCCGUUGCUCUGGAAUCUUCUACAUCCUUGGGCUGAUCUCUUGCGUCGGUAGUGGAAACGCAAUGACUGGGUGUUUUCUUUCCAUUGUUGAUAAUUUGCUGGACUUGCUUUCGAAAAAAGCUCAUCUCAAAAUCGACAAGACGGUCCAAAGAGCGGAUUCGGAAGUGCUCGUCGAAACACUUUCUUUUGCGAUGAUUCUGGUUUUGUACGCGUUUUUGCGAUUGUUUGGUUACGGAGUGCACACGCAUCAUGUUCUCGACGAGCCAAUUUCGAUGAUUUCAAUUAUUUUCCCGAUGAUCACUUUUGGAAUUUUCACGAAAACUCUCCCGUGGCUCGCCGAGUUUCGAAAGCUAAAGUUGUAUUGUCACCCGAAGACUUCUGUUCUCUGGUACCGAUACGAACUCUUUGCCGCAUUUCUGUUUGGCUAUCUUUGGGAUCACCCAGUUACUUCGAAAGUAUCAGGACUUAUGCGCGAAGAAAUUAUCGGAAGAAAAAGCCAUGAAUUGGAAGGGAAUAUCAUCGUUCUUUCACUGUUUUUUCUAAUGGCCGAUUGGUACUGGCGCGGAAGUUCAAGUUCUCCUCCUCUUACAACGAGCACCAGUGGGUUUAGUAUAUCUAAAUGCAUCCUUGACCUUGCUGCGAAAAGCUCAGCAGACCCUGUUCUAAGAACAAAGACUUUCUUCACUUUUCUAAGCAUUUCAAUUUCCGCUUUGACUUGCGCUGUUGCUGGCUACAACAACUCUUUGGCGCUCUUUGGGGCUGCUCUUUUGACCAUUUUCAAUUCGAACAAGAUCAUUUUGUCUCUCGUCAAAGGCCUUGUUAGCAAUUCAAAGCCGUCAAAAAUGUUCAACUUUGGUCUUGCUUCUGUGGAAAGUCUGGUCGAUUAUCUUUUAUCUGUUUUGAUCGUGAUGAGUUGUUUUCUCAUUACAAAAGAGUCGAUCGUUAGAAUGACUUUCUCCACCGAUGUUUCAACUGAGUUCGCUUUACUAAUUACAACCAUCAGUAUUUGCGUCAAUCUCGGAGGAUACGGAUUAUUCGGAGAGGAGUUUUUAAGAAAAAUGGACGAGUAUGAAAAUCCUUCGCUUUGGAAAGAAAUGCUUCGGGCUAACAUCGGUUUCAUCGCGAUCGUUUUAUCCGUUUUUCUUAAUUCGUGGACAAUCUUUGAUUCACUCGUCGCUCUCGCCAUAGCUUCUUUCGUUGGAUACGAAUCGCUGCCGAUUCUAAAGAACUCAUCGGAAAUCUUACUUCUCAGAUGCCCAAGCAGCAUCGAGCGGGCGUUCAAAGAAGCGCUCCACAAAAUAAUGCAAAUGAAAGAAGUGGAGUCUUACCGCGACCAUCGUUGCUGGACGCUUUCUCCGAAUGUCUUUUGCUGCAGUAUCGUUCUGCACAUAGGCGAAGCUGCUGUCGAGAAUACAGUCAUUUGUGUUGCUGGACAAUAUUUCAAGGAAGCUGGAAUCACAGAGAUAACGAUUCAAUGCGAAAAAGACAUUUGCCACGCUUACCUAGCUGGCUCACAAGCCCAAUCCGCAAAGAGCAAGUUCGAGUGGCUCCAGCCGAAGAAUCAAGACUCUGAAAUUUAUAUUUAA